AUGCUGCCGAAUAACGAGGUUCGAGUGCCCCUGCGGCCAAUCGCGCCGACUCGGCGCGACAUCACAGCCGAAUUCACGGAGGCUGCCUCGAAACUACGGAUGGGCCAGCUUGUAAAAGAUGAGACGUUCACCCUUUUCGAAGCGGUGGGCGCAUUGGAAAUUAUGGACUCCAAAAUGGACAGCGGUUAUAUUGCCCCGGGAGAGAAUCAAGCGCAGGCGCUGGAGGACGACUACGAUGUACGACGACCAUUGACACCGGAGGAGGUGGUGGGCUUGAUGGAUCAGCUGCUUUGCCACGAGAUGGCAUGGCAUAUGGGCCACCCUCUGUCUCAAACCCUUUUCACGUCCAUCUACCUCGAUAAAUUGUUGUCGCCAGUACCGAAAACUAUGGAAGACGCUCGUUUUGAUCGUGUGCCAAGCGAGUCGAUUCUUGUCAGCCUAGUUCUUCGGGCAUACUGCCUUGCAAUGAUCAAGGCUUGCGACUAUGUUCAUGCUCGUGUGGCUGUGGAGUAUUACUACGAAGAGGAGGACUUUGUCACCCAGCUAUAUAAUCGUAACCUUUUGUCUGUCUUUGAUGGAUCACACUUCUACCGCUUGCUGGACCAGGCGGUUGAGUGGGUGGAUGAUCAGAAAGAUAUGGAUACAAAGCUCAAGGAUGCAAUUCGGAGCAGACUACACUUUCGGUAUGAAUUCCUAGCUGCAUUAGAUCAAGAUCUCGAUAUCCUGGAAACUCGAUCGACAGCAAAUUUUGCAGUGUGUUUGAAACACCUCGAUGAAAUGAAAGAGUCGCACUCCAUUGGACAGCCAGUACCAGAAGCGUUUAGUCUCAAAAUCCAACGGAAACUCGCCAGCACUGUUCCGCCACGACCCAUUGUGCAAAUCAGCUAUGACGAUGCCUUUUCUCACUCAAGGCGGCUCUGUCAGGAUGCUAUUGAUAUGCAGCACAUGCUCGACUAUCGGGGCCCAACAAACUUCAAGACUGCGAUAUGGAGCCUCAUGUCCCGGAAGCCUCAGCCGUCCGUCUAUAUCAGAUGCCUUACCCAGGCAUUGAUUGUUAGCGACAUGACAAUUCUGGGCGCCGUUUCAGUCAAACGUUUCUUGUUUGAUGAUCUUGCAGAGCUGGUGUUGCCGGGGAGUAUUCUUCUUGAGGCAAAUACAGAUGACGUCGAACUCCCGUCGGAUCCUCGGUUUCAAAUUGCCCGACUGAUGGACGGCUUUGUGAAACGAUUUGCCCAGCCCUUUGUAGACUCGGUGCGGUGUGCUUGUUUGAAUCGGUGUCGAGUUCGCCGAACUGUUACCCAUACUGUCGUGGAUUGGGAUAGCUUGCAGAUGGAGGCGGAAGAACUUGAUUUACAGCUGCAGACCCUCAGCGGAGAGCCUGCACUGCAGAUCGGUGGUGGAGAGCCGACGUAUUCAUACCCACUUAGCAGCUGGGCAUACCAUCAAAAAUUAACCCAGCUCCAGCUUAUCCUCCAGACGGGAUUCGAGCUUUCAAUAUAUGCACCAGAGGAGCUGCCUGGAAUGUACUGGUACCUGUCCCACAUAUGUUCCACGCAUCUCGGUCAUUUGGAUCGCAUCAGAACUUUCGUCGUUGCUGCUCGACGACGAGAUCUAACAGUGACAAACAUCACGGCGGAAGUUUUGACCCGGAGAGCCUCCAAGUUUCACAAAACAUUCCGAUGCUUGGAGAGGUUGACGACACAUCUGAUCGCGGUGGACGCAUUUGCGAUUGCCCUUCACGCGCUAUAUGUCCUCCUAGCGCGACAUAAGGUACUUCCAUCCGCCUCCGGCUCUGAUGCAUACUCAACGGACAAAUUACGGUAUGAGAUUCGCAUGAAGCCCUUCCUUCCUAUUUCCCUGCCGGAGUUGGUUCCCUUUGAAGAAUACCAGCGGGAGGCAACCUUGGAAGGUGAUGCAGAUGCUACAAUCUUGGAUCGUGCCUCAAAGGCGAUCACUGAAGCGCGAAAGGCUUGGGAGGCGACACUUAACCUUGGGGCUUUUGUUGAUGAUCCAUCUUUGGAGAACCUAACUCCAGCUACUGCCAUUGACGCGGACUGGCAGCGUAACAUCAAAGACACUAUGCGUGCCUGCAUUGGAGCAAGCAUUGCCAUUGAGACAGUUAAGAAAACUCUUUCAAACGGAAAAUGGUCGGAAUUGCAGGUGAAAAUCCCCGAGAUCGGGGCCAAGAGUCGAUGGCAUGACUGGUGGAGUGUACCGCAGGUUGCUCAAAAGCCGGAGCCGUGA